GAAAUUGGGUCAGAAUGUUGGAGGAUAAAUGAGGUCUGUAAUGCGUAGAGUCAGAACAAUGACAUUCUCCUUCCUCCUUCUCCAAUCACCACUCCCAAUCUCUCCCAAACCACUUCUCUCCUACGAACAACACCGAUACUCUCUCUCCUCUCUUCUUCCUUUACCCACCCAUCGAUUUCGUCUACUACGAACUUUCUCCACCAAAUCCACUCCAAACAUGCAGGACUCAACAUCAUCAGUAUCUUACCUUUCACAACGAGAAGCCGCCGAGAUUGAUGAGACCUUGAUGGGUCCUCUUGGCUUCUCCGUUGAUCAGCUCAUGGAACUGGCUGGUCUUAGCGUCGCUACUUCAGUUGCUGAGGUUUAUAAAGCAAGUGAAUACAGUCGUGUUCUAGCAAUCUGUGGUCCUGGAAACAACGGUGGUGAUGGUCUAGUAGCAGCCAGGCAUCUUCACCAUUUUGGUUAUAAACCCUCUAUCUGUUACCCCAAACCUACACCCAAAUCACUUUAUACCGGUCUCGUCACUCAGUUGGAGUCACUAUCAGUUCCUUUCGUCUCCGUUGAUGAUCUGCCUGAAGACUUGUCAAAGGACUUUGAUGUUAUUAUUGAUGCAAUCUUCGGGUUUUCAUUUCACGGUGCUCCAAGGCCUCCUUUUGAUGACAUCAUCCAGAGAUUGCUGUCCUUGCAGACCCUCCAGAAACGCCCAGUCGUUGUCUCUGUAGACAUUCCCUCUGGUUGGCACGUUGAAGAAGGAGACCAUGAAGGUGGAGGAGGCAUUAAGCCUGAUAUGUUGGUAUCUUUGACUGCUCCAAAGUUAUGUGCAAAGAGCUUCUGUGGCCCUCAUCACUUUUUAGGUGGGAGAUUUGUACCACCUUCUGUUGCAGAAAAAUACAAGCUCCAGCUUCCUAGUUACCCUGGGACAUCCAUGUGUGUUAGAAUUGGUAAACCUCCAAAAGUUGACAUAUCUGCUAUGAGAGUUAACUAUGUCUCUCCUGAAUUGCUUGAGGACCAGGUUGAGAGUGAUCCUAUUUUACAGUUCCGUAAAUGGUUUGAUGAAGCAGUUGCUGCUGGAUUGAGAGAAACAAAUGCUAUGGCUUUGUCUACGACAAACAAGGACAGGAAACCAUCUUCAAGAAUGGUUUUACUAAAAGGAUUUGAUGAGAAUGGAUUUGUCUGGUUCACAAACUACGAAAGCAAAAAGGGUUCUGAUCUAUCAGAAAACCCUUUUGCAGCACUUCUUUUUUACUGGGAAGACAUGAAUAGGCAGGUAAGAAUUGAAGGACCAGUAGAGAGAAUAUCUGAGGAAGAAUCUGAGAAUUACUAUCAUAGUCGUCCUAGAGGAAGUCAGAUUGGAGCUAUUGUUAGCAAGCAGAGUUCUGUAGUACCUGGCAGGCAUGUUCUAUACGAAAAGUAUGAAGAACUAACAAAAAAAUAUUCAGAUGGAAGUGUGAUACCAAAGCCUAAAAACUGGGGAGGAUUCAGACUUAAACCAAACCUUUUCGAGUUUUGGCAGGGACAGCCAUCUCGUUUGCAUGACAGGCUGCAGUAUUCUCUACAAGAAGGGAAUCCUGUGUGGAUAAUUCGUAGAUUGGCCCCAUGACUUCUAGUCACUUCGUCCCGGUGAAGAAGAUGAUGGCUGUUUUGGUUUGAUAUCAACCACUACACAGUGAGAAUAAGAUCUUUAUAUAUAUAUAUAGCAUUGUAAUGACUUAAUUUCCAUAUUUGUCACAAAAAUAAAGUGUUUUCCGGUUUAGGCGUUAGCACUCAACAAUGUGGUUUAUUUAUCCUCAAUCUCUGCUCUCAUGUCAUCAAAGGCUCAUAAAUUUAUAGUUUUGCUUCUCUGUA